AUGGGUAGAGAGAAGCCGAAGAAAGGUCACAGGCUGGUAACUUUUGAGCCUAGAGAAGGAGAAAGAUAUUACUUGAGACGUUUACUUACACAUGUUCGAGGGCCAAUGUCAGUUGAGGAGUUGCUCAUGGUUAGAGAUUCAAUCUACAGCUCAAAAAGUCAGACUUUCUUUAUUGAUGGCCCAGGUGGAACUAGUAAGACUUUUUUAUAUCGAGCACUUCUUGUAGUUUUGCACUCACAAAGAUAUGUGACAACUGCAGUUGCCACGUCUAGUGUCGCAACAUCUGUCCUUUUUGAUGGUAGGACUGUGCACUCUAGGUUCAAGAUUCCCUUGGAUUUUCAACACAAAAAACUUGUCAAUUUGAUUAAACAAAUUGGUGUUGCCAAGCUAAUCUUUGAAGCUAAAUUAAUCUUGUGGGAUGAGGCUUCAAUGGCAAAAAGAGAAACAAUUGAGGCAUUUAAUACUCUUCUUAAAGAUAUAAUGGAAUCUGACAAAUUCUACCGGUUAUUAGUUCUUGGCGGUGAUUUCUGA